AAACCCCGGUCAACCACUCAGGACCAGCAGUCCUCUUUCAGGAGCUCUUGAAGCCGGUUUGGCCACUCCUUAGGCAUUCUCUUUGACGACAUUAUUUUGAACUGCUAACCUAGAUACAGGCACUGCAUGAAAGAGACAUACGAGACGGAUUCUUCACAAUUAAAGCAUCAUGGAGCAUGGCUCAAGGCCAGGGGUGAAGUUAAACCUCAUGAAUGGUGCCCUAGUGGAGGCCAGACCUAAACCCCAGGCAAGAGAGCAGUGGGCUAAUAAACUGGAGUUUCUCUUGGCGGUGGCAGGGCACAUCAUUGGCCUGGGAAAUGUGUGGAGGUUUCCUUACUUGUGCUACAAGAAUGGAGGGGGGGCAUUUUUUGUGCCUUAUGUGCUGUUUCUCUUCACCUGUGGCAUUCCACUAUUCUUUUUGGAGACCUCACUGGGUCAGUUCACCAGUCAGGGUGGAAUAACAUGCUGGAGGAAGAUCUGUCCACUAUUUGAAGGUCUCGGUUAUGGUAGCCAAGUUGUUGUCCUCUAUACUGGAGUCUAUUACAUUAUAAUUCUUGCUUGGGCUUUCCUUUACCUCUUUUCAUCGUUCAGUUCAGAGCUGCCAUGGGCGAGCUGCAGCAACUACUGGAACACAGAGAACUGCAAAGAGUUGAGAAAAAGCAACAUUACUGAAUAUUCCCCAGAUAAAAGCACUUCUCCUGUUAUUGAGUUUUGGGAGAGAAGAAUUUUGGGCUUGUCUGAGGGAAUAGAGCAGAUUGGUAAUGUUAGAUGGGACUUGGCACUUUGCCUCCUGCUGGCCUGGAUCAUCUGCUACUUCUGUGUGUGGAAGGGAGUGAGGUCCACAGGCAAGGUGGUCUACUUCACUGCUACUUUUCCUUAUUUAAUGUUGGUAGUGCUGCUUGUCCGUGGACUUACUCUUCCUGGAGCAAAGAACGGCAUCAUAUUCUACCUCUACCCUGAUCCAACACGUCUCACAGACCCACAGGUGUGGAUGGAUGCAGGUAGUCAGAUCUUUUACUCCUAUGGUGUUUGUACAGGAGUACUGACUGCUUUGGGAAGCUACAACAAAUAUAACAACAACUGUUAUAGAGACUGUGUAUACUUGUGUCUGCUCAACAGCUUAACUAGCUUUGUGGCUGGUUUUGCUAUAUUUUCGGUUCUGGGCUUCAUGGCAGAUGAACAGGGAAUGGAUAUUUCAAUGGUUGCAGAGUCAGGUCCUGGUUUGGCAUUCAUUGCUUACCCCCGUGCUGUAGCUUUGAUGCCCCUGCCUCAGUUAUGGGCGGUCUUCUUCUUUAUCAUGAUCAUAUUCCUGGGACUGGAUAGUGAGUUUGUGUAUCAUGAAGCCCUGGUGACGGCCAUCUCGGAUAUGUAUCCCUCCUUCUUCCAAAUCGGACAUCGGCGUAAAUUUCUUCUCCUCUUCAUAAGUGCUGCCAGCUUCCUUGUUGGUCUGCUAAUGGUAACAGAGGGUGGCCUGUAUGUCUUCCAGCUUUUUGACUAUUAUGCCUGUAGUGGAAUGACUCUUCUUACUUUUGCUAUCCUUCAGUCCAUCUGUGUUGGAUGGGUGUAUGGUGCUGAUCGCCUCUAUGAUAGCAUUGAGGAUAUGAUUGGAUAUCGGCCCUGGCCCUUCAUGAAGUGCUGCUGGAAAUAUCUAACACCAGCUGUAUGCACAGGAACAUUUUUCUUUUCCUUGGUUAAAUACACUCCUCUGAGGUUCAACAAUGUGUAUGAGUAUCCCUGGUGGGGUUAUGCGAUUGGUGGCUUCUUCACCCUUUCCUCCACUCUACUAGUUCCACUGUGGAUCAUUUAUUUGGUUAGCACUACUCCAGGGUCUAUGCGACAGCAGGUUUGUCUUUGGUUUCUUGGUGUGCUUGCCAUUGAAAGGCACAAUGGGGAGCUUCAAAUUCUCUUCAACAAUGCAUCAGCAGCUAUCGCUUUCAUGCAGUUCAUAACCUGUAUUUGUUUCAGUGCCCCCAUUUUUGAGCUGGUCCAGGUAAGUCACUCAUGCCUAUUAGACACUUGAAUCAAUGGAAGAGCUCAUAUAGUCAUUUAAAAUGCUUCAUCUUCAUGGCAAAACAGAGGUGUGCUCAGUAUUUUUUGUGCAGAAUUCACCAACUUUGUUUUCUCGACUCCUUCAAUGCUUUUCCGUCCACUGUCUUCAACAAGCAUAUGUUCACAUUGAUUUUUUAGACCUGACCUGAUCCUUUUCUGUUAAUGCACAUAGGUAUAAAUCACAUCUGGGGUGCUUUACUCUUUAAAUAAAUAGAGCAUGGGUAGAUUAGUUUGCGAAAUGCUCAACAUAUCUCAUGUCUCUCCACCAAUGCUUCCAAACAAGGUAGCUCACCACUUAAUCUAAACAUAAGCCUCUUUUCUUGAAAUCAUUACAUGCAAAGGUCAUGACCAGAACUGCUUAAACCCACCCAAGGCUUCAGUGAGAAACAUGAUAAGACACAUAACGACCAUUUCAAGUCUGACAUCAUGCCUGAUUCUAUUAAUAUCAUUGUAUUUAUCUGCUUUGUCCGCUUUUCUGCAUAAAUCUGACAAAAUGUUAUUAAUAUUGAAAAGUAGAAUAAUAAAUGCAUACAAAUGUUGUUUUUAGUGGGUUUAAUUGACGGCUAACAAUUAAGAUGAGAUCACAAGACUAAAGCUUUAAUCAUGACAUUUAAUUCUAGCA